CUGGUGUGGCUAAUCUGUUAUUUACAGCUAACCAGCCCAUGACACUGUGCCUUAGAAUUACGGGAGAACUCCAAAUGAGUUUAUACCAAGGCACGUCACGCCACAGCUCCGUUGCCUCAAAACAUGCCAUGCACUGGCUACUGUAAAUGUACCCUUCUUCUUCUUCUCAGCCAACCAAACCACCUUAUCUGAAUGUCUCUGCAGACAAAUUGGUCUUCAUAAUAAGGUCUCGAAUCUCCUGCCUCCUCUUAUCUCUGCAGCUUCUUUUGUAACCAUCUUGCAUCUUCCAAAACUUCAGCAACAGUUGAGUAUAAGGGAAUUCCAAACCUUUGACCUCUUGUUGGUUUUCUGAAUAAGGGGACAACCAGUGCUCCCAGUUAAUUAUCAAACCAGAACCAUAGUUUGCUUCCCAUACCCAAGUUCAUGUCUAAUGGGUGGAUAGGCCAAAUUUCUUAGCUUUAAAAGCUUCCUCCAUGCAUAAGAGCGGGGGUUAGGCAUCCCUUAAUCAAGUACUCACUGGCCCAGGCAAUCCAUAAAGAGCCUGCCCUACUUAGCAAGAGCCAAAGCAACUUCAGAUUGCAUGCAAAAUUCCAUGAACUUGAGUAUUCAUUUUAAUUUAUUUAUAUGGUAAGGGACGUCAGAGUUCGUGGAAUCACCAGAAUUGAACUAUCAUGGGCUAAUUUGAAACUGAUCAGAUAGUUUUGGUAGAACUCCGCAAUUAUCUCACAAAAUGAUGCUACAUAGCGCAUAACUCAAUACUUCUUCCCACGUGGACUUGGCGGCGUUGACUUGACGAAAAAAGUCAUCGUCCUCGUCGCGGAGCCGCGGACGCCUCCAUGAGGGAUGGCCAAGACCUCCAUUGAUGCACCCUCUCCGCCUCCUCCUCGGCCGCAAUUCGCCGCUCUUCUUCCUCCUCAACCUCCUCCGCUCUCUCUUCCGAUUCGUGAUGUCUCAGCUCCUCAAACCACUCGCUGAAGAACCGGCGCGGGCGCCGGAAUCCUCUGAGGCCAACCCCACCGAGUUCGACCCACUAGCUCCCUCGGUCCCCGUCUCGUAUCCAAUUAGAACCCUCGAGUCCCUCUCCUCUCGCUCCUUCUUCUCCUCCUUCCACUUCCCCUUCAACAGAGCUUCCGUCCCACUCCUUCAGCAGAGCCCCAAUCUGCCCGACCGGCCCAGGGUUUUGGUCUGCCAUGAUAUGCAGGGCGGCUACAGCGACGACCGGUGGGUACAGGGAGGGAAGAACGGCGGAGGCUACGCCAUCUGGCACUGGUACUUGAUGGACAUUUUCGUGUAUUUCUCGCACGAUCUAGUCACUAUUCCACCUCCUUGCUGGACUAACACUGCCCACAGACACGGCGUUCGGGUGCUGGGGACUUUCCUCACAGAAUGGGAUGAGGGGCGACUUACUUGCGAUAAGUUGCUGUUGACAAAGGAGUCUGCUGAAAUGUAUGCCGAGCGCUUGACGGAGCUUGCAGUUGAAUUGGGCUUUGAUGGAUGGCUGAUUAAUAUCGAGGUCAAACUGAAGAAAGAGCAAAUCCCCAAUAUGAUGCACUUUGUUAGUCAUCUGACCCAAACUAUGCACUCCUCCAAGCCUGGAUCUUUAGUGAUCUGGUAUGAUAGUGUUACCACUGCGGGCCAUUUGGAUUGGCAAGAUCAGCUCACUGAUAAAAAUCGGCCAUUCUUUGAUAUCUGCGAUGGCAUCUUCAUGAAUUACACGUGGAAGGAAAACUAUCCAAGGCUUUCAGCUGCUGUUGCAGGUGAUAGGAAGUAUGAUGUUUACAUGGGCAUUGAUGUCUUUGGAAGGGGCUCUUAUGGUGGCGGGCAGUGGAAUAUAAAUGUUGCACUUGAUGUACUCAAGAAGGAAGAGGUAUCAGCUGCCAUAUUUGCUCCGGGAUGGGUCCAUGAAACUAAUCAACCUCCUGAUUUUACAACUGCUCAGAAUCGAUGGUGGGCCCUCAUCGAGAAGUCCUGGGGAGUACAACAAAAAUAUCCAAAGUCACUUCCUUUUUACACUAAUUUUGAUCAGGGUCGUGGUUAUCAUUACUACUUCAGCGGAGAAAACAUUUCCUCUGCUUCUUGGUACAACUUAUCUUGUCAAGGUUUUCAGCCUUUCCUUGAGCUCAAGUCCGAUGGUUCGCCUGAUUCUAUCGAAGUACUCAUUGAUCUCAAGGGAGCAUCGUAUAGUGGUGGUGGAAACCUUACCUUCAGAGGAACCCUGGAAGAUGAUGAUUAUUUCUUGGCAAAGCUCUUCGAGGGAGAUCUCCUAAUGGGCAAGUCACCUGUCCAUUUUGCUUUCUCGGUGAAAUCAGAGGUGAAUUCUUUGGUGGGUCUCUCUCUAGAGUUCUCUUCAACAACAGACAAGCAAACCGCAAUACUUCUCGCAUCAAACGAGAAUGUUUUAGGCUCUAUGAACCAGUUCUCAGCCAAAUUCAAUAAGGUGAUUGCUCCUUUCCGAGUUGCAGUGCUUCAAAGUGCGCCUGAAUGGAUCAUAACAGAAGGUAGCAUUGAAAUGAGCGGAUACACCCUAAGAAGAAUCAAUGCCAUCUGCUACAGAUCGUUGGGGAGAAACUCUAACAAUGACUCGUCCCACAAAUUCUCUGCUGUACUUGGUCAUAUAUCCAUCAAAUCCUCUGAGUCCAGCUCGUAUCUCCCACCUUCUAAUUCAUGGCUGGUGGAGACCAAGCACGUAAAGUGGAGUUCGGGCCCUUCUGAUGGAUUCAAGUCCCUCAGCGUUUUGAUCACUUGGAAACUGAAAGAGGGCAGUGGUGAUGAACCUAGGGGCUCGAAGAACUUCAACAUCUAUGUGGAGAGAGAAAAUGAAGAGGUGCCAGGAAGUAUAAGGACCGUUCGGGAAUUUCUUGGAGUGGCUCAGGUUGGAGCUUUUUAUGUUUCCGACCUUGAUGUGCACUGUGGCGUUUUGAGUCUGAGGUUUAUCGUUCAGGUGUGUGGGGAUGAUGGGGCUUGCCUCGAGUUGGAGUCUCCAUGGUUAUCUAGCUAGCUAAACAUUUUAUUUCCCUUAGACUUCCUGAUAUCUUCUGCAGUUUGAGCGAUCGAUACAUUUUAUUUCCCUCAGACUUCCAGGGUAAUUGUAGGGAAGCCCUUAGUGAUGAUUUGGAAAGAAACAUUCGAACCAGUAUUACUGAUCGAUUGUGUUCUAUGUACUCGGAUUUGGCAUCUCUAUGUCAAGACCAUACAAAGCUCAUGAUAUGCCGAAUAAUCAAUCUCCUGAACGAUGCGCAAUUGUUGUUUA